CCUUUUUAGGGGAACAAAAGAGUUUAUUUGUAAUUCAUUCAUACGUCUAUUUUAUAUAAAUUUAUAUUUUAAAAUUGUAUUUGAUGAUAAUAAUAAAAAGCAAUAAAUAUGAAGAUUAUAUGUACUCUACUUUUAAUACUUUCAAGUUAUAUUUUAACUAUUCGAGCCUUUUGCAUAUACAACGAUACUAAAGAUAUAACAUUAGCAGUACGUCAAGAACCUUUUAAUUCUGGUUCAAAUUACUUUUCUCGUUUUAAGAGAGAAGCAUUACAACCAGGUGAAAGUGCUUGCUGUCCUUAUACUAAUACUGAUUGUAGUAAAAAUGCAAAUAAAGAGGAUAUUAUUUUCCUUGAUAUAAUGGCUAUUUUUUAUGGCCGUCACCAAGACGCAGAAACGUUUAUAACUAAUCUCCCUUCUGGUGGCUGGAUAGAAAUACAUGGUCAAGGCCCAUAUCCUGUAGAAAUUCGUGUGUUUAAACAUGAUGGAACCAGAUUUGAGCAUGAGUAUGAUCCAAACACAGGAGGUGUAAUAUUAUAA